AAAUAAUAAAUACCGAUGCCACUGUGCCUGUGACUGUGCCUUCGGCGAUCUUCGGAAAUUGCAGCUGAUAAAUAUUGCUGCCAAGUUCACGUCGGAUUUAUCGUAAUGAAACACGUAUGAUUUUUACGAGAUGACGACCUCAACCAAAGAUAUUACGCUUCAAGAAAACAUUCCAUCAAACAUUCUUAUGGACAAACAUAUUGAAUUCAUCAGAGACUAUGGGCAAAAAGAAAAUAGCUAUGAAUAUGGAAUGACGGAUUAUCUUCGAGUAUCUGGUAUGUACUGGGGUCUGACAGCUUUGGAACUGAUGAACACUUCACCACCUCAGAGUAAAGAUGAGAUUGCGAAGUACAUCAAAAGCUGCCAAGACCCGGAAAGUGGAGGAAUUAGUGCUUGUCAGAAACAUGAUCCUCAUAUCCUCCACACCUUGAGUGCUGUGCAGAUUCUUUGCAUUUAUGACAACUUGGAUGCUGUAGACAUUGAAGCCAUCGUUUCUUAUGUAGCCAGUCUUCAGCUACCUGAUGGUAGUUUCAUGGGCGAUAAAUGGGGAGAAGUUGAUACGAGAUUUUCCUUUUGUGCAGUUGCGAUUCUGUCCUUGUUGAAUAAGAUGGAUGUAAUUGAUGUGAACAAAGCAGUGGAUUUCAUUGCUUCGUGCAGGAAUUUCGACGGUGGUUUCGGUUCAAGACCCUUAUCAGAAAGUCAUGCUGGUCUUAUUUAUUGCUGUGUUGGAUUUUUAUCUAUCACCAAUAGGUUAGAUAUCGUUAACCGUGAUACUUUAGCCUGGUGGCUUUGCGAGCGUCAACUUCCUUCCGGUGGGUUGAAUGGUCGCCCUGAGAAACUCCCAGACGUUUGCUAUUCAUGGUGGGUCUUAUCAACCCUCACUAUACUUGGAAGACUACAUUGGAUCGAUGCAAGUGCACUAAAGAACUUCAUUUUGGCAUGCCAAGACUCUGAAACAGGAGGAUUUGCUGAUAGGCCUGGCGAUAUUGCUGAUCCGUUCCAUACUUUGUUUGGUUUAGCAGCAAUGUCGCUCUUAGGACAUGAGUCUGUACAGAAAGUCAAUCCUACUUACUGCAUGCCACAGAAUGUCAUCGAUAGACUGCAGCUCAAGCCUCAGAGACUAACAGAUUGAUGUGGUUUUUUUGUACUUCGUCAUUCAAUUUAGUUGUAAGAUUAUUAUAAACAAACUAAAAUAUUUAUUAAACAUUUUUUUGAAUA